UUGGUUUCCAUGAUCACCGAGGUGCUGGCUCUGAGCCGUUGAUUUUUUGCCGGAGAAUUGAUGGGAUUUUACAGGAAAUCCAUUUCUACCCUUUUUUAUUCCGGACGCUGGUGAUUCCGGGCACCGUCACAUCCAAAUGGCUCUGGUUCAGAUAAAGGACGGGGAAUACACAACGACCAUCUAUAGACUGAUUCGAGAUGGAAGAUAUGGAGAAGCCAUUCAUAUACUCAAUAAUGAACUUCAGAAACAUUCAAAAUCCCGGGCAGCACUCUCGCUACUGGGUUACUGCUACUUUCAGAUGCAAGAUUUUUCCAAUGCUGCAGACUGCUAUGAACAAUUGGUACAGAUUCAUCCAGAAGUGGAUGACUACAAACUCUAUCACGCACAAUCCCUUUACAAGGCAUGCAUGUAUGCGGAAGCAAUGAAAGCAACCUUUCUCAUAGAUAAUCCAGUUUAUCAAACUAAGGUGUUGAAGUUACAAGCUGCAAUUAAAUAUGGAGAAGAAGACCUUUCAGGAGCAAAGAGUCUUGUAGAGCAGCAGACUACUGAUGAUCCAGACACUGAGAUUAAUCUAGGAUGUCUGCUGUACAAGGAAGGACACUACGAAGAGGCCUGCAAGAAAUUUACCACAGCUAUGCAGGUUGUGGGCUACAAACCAGAUUUGACCUACAAUAUUGCCCUGUGUUAUUACAGCAUGAAACAGUAUGCACCUGCUCUGAAAUACAUUGCAGAAAUAAUAGAGCGAGGGAUCAGGGAACAUCCAGAGCUCAGUGUUGGUAUGACAACUGAAGGAAUUGAUGUGAGAAGUGUUGGGAACACGUUAGUGCUCCAUGAAACUGCAUUGAUUGAAGCUUUUAAUCUUAAAGCAGCUAUUGAAUACCAACUGAAGAACUACGAAGCAGCACAAGAAGCAUUGACAGACAUGCCACCACGUUCUGAAGAGGAACUUGACCCAGUUACUCUACACAACCAAGCUCUAAUGAACAUGGAUUCCAAACCUACUGAGGGAUUUGAAAAACUACAAUUCUUACUUCAGCAGAAUCCAUUCCCACCAGAAACCUUUGGCAACCUGCUUUUGCUGUACUGCAAAUACGAAUAUUUUGACUUGGCUGCUGAUGUCUUGGCAGAAAACGCUCACCUAACUUACAAGUUCCUCACACCAUACUUAUAUGAGUUCUUGGAUGCCAUGAUAACGUGUCAGACAGCGCCAGAAGAGGCGUUCAGAAAGUUUGAUGAAAUGGCAGGUAAACUUACUGAGCAGUUGCGGAAAUUGACCAAACAGGUACAAGAAGCAAGACAUAAUCGAGAUGAUGAUGCUGUGAAAAAGGCAGUAAAUGAGUAUGAUGAAGCACUUGAAAGGUAUAUUCCAGUGCUUAUGGCUCAGGCCAGAAUCUACUGGAACUUGGAAAACUACCAAAUGGUCGAGAAGAUCUUCCGAAAGUCAGUGGAGUUCUGCAAUGAGCAUGAUGUUUGGAAAUUGAAUGUUGCCCAUGUUCUCUUUAUGCAAGAAAACAAGUAUAAAGAGGCAAUAGGCUUUUAUGAACCAAUUGUGAAAAAGCAUUAUGACAAUAUCUUAAAUGUGAGUGCCAUUGUCCUUGCUAAUCUCUGUGUUUCCUACAUUAUGACCAGUCAAAAUGAAGAGGCAGAGGAGCUAAUGCGGAAGAUUGAAAAGGAAGAGGAACAACUGGCAUAUGAUGACCCUGACAAAAAAAUUUAUCACCUCUGCAUUGUUAAUCUUGUUAUAGGGUAA